CUUGCUCCUCCUUUGAAGCCAACCCAAAGCAGACUCUCUCUCUCUCUCAUGGGAAGAGUCGCUUCCGCUCUGCUGCUGCUCCGGUACCUGCAGCCACGCGCCUCCGUGUGAGUCCUCUUCCAACCCCGUCUGACCGCCCGCCCGAUCCAUCCAUCCAUCCAUCCAUGGUGAUGGCCAGCGCCGGCGUCAACAACAUGCCCUCCCACCAGAUGGGGGAGGGGCACAUCGACUCCGAGGAAUGCCGCCUGCGCAGGCGCAGGCGCAGCCGCCUCAACGCCCACCACGCCUCCUCCGCCCCGGCCCCCGGCCCCGCCGAGGAAGGGGAAGUAGUGCAGUCCCCGCCGCCCUCCUCCGACUCCUCCUCCGAGUCCGCGCCGUCCUCGCAGAGCGCUGCCGAGGAGGGCUCUGACGCGGUUGUCGCGGCGGCGCCCCAGCAGCUGCCCUCCUCCAAGGAGAAGGAGAAGAGAUGGCCCGUGUCGUUCGGGUCGGUGGCGCUGGCGGGGCGGCUGCGGGAGAUGGAGGACACGGUGUCGCUGCACCCUAGCUUCUGCGCCUGGGCCGACGGCUCGCCCAUGCACCUCUUCGCCGUCUUCGACGGCCACGGCGGCCCCCACGCCGCGGCGCUGUGCAGGGAGCAGAUGCACGUCAUCCUCGCGGAGGAGAUGGCCGGCGCCGCGGCAGCCUUCAACAACCGGCAGCAGUCGGAGGAGCAACCGGCGGAGGCGUCGGCGUCGUCGGAGCAAGUGGCGUGGCGUGGCGCUCUCUCCAGGAGCUUCGCCCGGGCGGACGCGCUGGCGGUGUCGGCGUGCGCGUGCGGGCGCGGGAGCACUGCGAGUGUGCCCAAGUCGUGCUCCUGCCUGCUGUCGUCGGCGCAGAAAGGCGCCAUCGUGGGGUCGACGGCCGUGGUGGCGCUGCUGGUCCGCGACCGCCUCAUCGUGGCCAACUGCGGCGACUCCCGCGCCGUGCUCUCACGAGGUGGCGUCGCCGUGCCGCUCUCCCAGGACCACAAGCCGGACCGGCCGGACGAGAUGGCGCGGAUCAAGGCGGCCGGCGGCAAGGUUAUGUACAUGAACGGGGCGCGCGUCCGCGGCAUCCUCGCCAUGUCCCGAGCGCUAGGGCACAGGCUCCUGAAGCCAGAAGUGAUAUGCGAGCCAGAGAUCAGCAUAACCGAAAGGUGCGAGGACGACGACUGCCUAAUCCUCGCCAGCGACGGGCUGUGGGACGUGAUCUCCAACAAGGUGGCCUGCGACGUGGCACGACAAUGCCUGGAAGAUGGGAGCCCGACCAGAGCUCCUGCUGCAGCAGGGAGCAGCGAAGCCACUCCCAGCAGCAGCGGCAGCGCACCGGCAGUUUCCCAGGAGGAAGAGCCCCGGUGCUUCCGCGCAGCGGCCCUCCUCGCGAGGCUGGCCCUAGGGAGGGAGAGCUCCGAUAACAUUAGCGUGGUGGUGGUUGAUCUGAAGGCGAGGGGUUAGCUAGCCUAGCUAGGUAGAUGAGAUCACCAUAUUCAUAGUAUCUCCUUAAUUUGCAACUUAGACCGACUUGGUAGCUAGGACCUAGCUCUCUGCAAUCAAUGCAUUCCUGGCAAAUUAAGCAGCAAAAGCUCGAUCUGAGGUUUUCUUUGUUCUUUGGGUUUUUUCUUUUCUUUUUUGGGGCUAGUUUUUGGGUGGUCGGUCGGUCGGUUUUAUUCGGCCAAAAAGAGUCUUUUCUUCUUCUUCUUCUUCUUCUUCUUCUUCUUCUUCUUCUUGGUAAUUUGGAAUGGAUGGAUGAGAUGAAAAAGGGACACAGAUAGACAGAUGGAAAGAUGUAUAAAUGGAUGAUUGCAAGCAAAUGUACGUACAAAAUAUUUUGCAGAGUCA